UUUUUUUUUUUACCCAUUCAAUUGAUUAGCAAUAAACCAAGUUUUUUUUAUUAGUUAUAUCGGUUGACGAUUCUUACCUUUUUCACGUCACUAUACAACAUACAUACAUAUACAUACAACAACAACAAAUAAACAACAAAAAGUCAAUGAUACUCAUGUUGUGAUGCCGACCAUUAUUUCUCGUACAUCUUUUCAAUUACCAACACCACCAUCCACAUCUCCACCCAUGACUUCUCGACGUCUCUCCUCCGCUACCACCGUGGUUAUGACUCCACCUUCUCCUACUAAAAAGAUUAUCCCUUGGCGACCUCCAGGUUCUUGGGAAAUGCCUGAUAUUAUUCAUGAAACUUGGAAACAAAAACAACUUUUACUUCCAAAACAACCUACUCCUCCUCCCGAAAACAAAUUGGUUAAACCCCCUAAUAUGUCAUCUCCAAAGGUACGCUGGGUAUAUGUGGGUAAAGCACCUGAUCUCUUCCCUUUACCGCCACCGAUUAGAAAACCUCCCAAACGACAUGCCGAGUUCGACUCAAAACUCCGCAAAGUUUUACCUCGACCAAAGAUAUUAGAUGUCAACCCAAAAGAUUAUUAUACUGGCACUGAACAAGUGGGAAGUGGUGCAAAUGGGGCUGUAAUUCGAGCUGUCAAAAAAUCCAAUUCAUUACCAUCCAUUCAACGAAAACAACAACAACAACAACAAAAACCUUCGAAAUCAUCAUGUGUUGCCAUCAAACGAUGUUUUAUUGAAGAUCAUGAUACACAUCAUCAUAGUUAUGUCUUACGGGAAUUACGUAUCAUGGGCUGUCUUUCACAUGACAAUCUUAUUCAACUUCAAGAAGCUUGUCUUUAUGAUGAUCAUCUUUGGAUGGCAAUGGAAUUAAUGGCUUGUUCUGUCUUUGGUUUAUUAUUCAACACUACUGUCGGUUUGAGUGAAGCUAUGACUAUCUUUAUUGCUAAAGAAUGUUUACAAGGUUUGGUUUAUCUACACUCUAAAAACUAUAUGCAUCGUGAUGUCAAAUGUGAAAAUAUCUUAUUGGGUCAUCAAGGACAGGUCAAAUUGGCAGAUUUUGGUUUGGCUACACCUUUAACUAUACAAAACUCUUCAAGACUUGGUACUGCAAAGUGGAUGGCACCUGAAGUGGUUGCUGAAUCUCCUUAUAAUGAAAAUGUCGAUAUUUGGUCUUUAGGAAUUACUAUGAUUGAAAUGAUGGAUCGUGUACCACCAUUAUAUUAUUUGGAAAAUAGUACAGAAAUAUAUCGAGAAAUCUUAUAUGGAAAACCACCCACUUUCAAUUUUGCCACCCCCUCUACUGCUAUGGUCAAUAUUUUGGAAUGGAUUUUGAAUGCAGAUGCUGAUGAUCGUCCUAUGGCAAAGGAUGUUCUAACUAACAUUCAACAAUUCAUUGAUCAAGAUCAUUUGAAAUGUGCAAAGAAAUCUGAUUUAGCUUCUGUGGUUCAACAAGUCUUCCCUAUUCAUCAUUAAUUGUGUGUGUCUG